CUUAUGCGAGGGUGGGGCAGAGGCCUCUGGAUUUACAUUUCAGUUUCCAGGCCUCCUGCUCUGCCAUUUCGUCCCCCCGGCAGCAGCCAGCAGGAAGCAAUGGGAAACUGGGAGUCACAGAUGUCUUCAGUGCCGGCUCAGCAGCUGGAUGAUUUUAUCAAGAACAAAGUGAAGCCCCGUGAAAACGAUCAGACUCAGAUGGACUCAAUUGUGGACUCCAUCUGUAACACCCUGCAGAACCCGGACUUCUUCCCAGAGGUGCAGGGAGUAGCCAAAGGAGGCGCCUACGGCCGGAAAACAGUCUUGAGAGACAACUCUGAUUGUACCCUCGUCCUCUUCCUUAGUCACUUCAAACAUUUCCAGGAUCAGAAGGAAAGCCAACAAAAACUCCUCAGGAAAAUCGGAAAUCGCCUGGUCUCCAAUUCUUCGCAGAGUUGCAAGAUCCAGAACUUCCAAGGUGGGUUCACUAUCCAGGUGUCCACAAAGAAGCAGACAGUCUCCAUGGAGGUGCUUCCUGCCUUCAAUGCUCUGGGCUUCCUGGAGAAACCCAACCCCUGGAUCUAUCAAGAUCUCAAAAGAUCCUUGGAUAAGACAAAAGCCAGACCUGGGGAGUUUGCAAUCUGCUUUACAGAACUCCAGGAGAAGUUUUUUAACAACCUUCCCAGGCAGCUGAAGAAUUUGAUCCUCUUGGUAAAGUAUUGGCAUCAAAAGUGUCAGGAAAAAAUGGACUGUUUACCCAAACUACCUCCGUACACUCUGGAGCUGCUUACAGUGUACGCCUGGGAACAGGGAUGCGGAGCAGAAGACUUUGAUAUAGCUGAAGGCAUCAGAACUGUGCUGAGGCUGAUCAAGUGCCAGAAGCAGCUGUGUAUCUAUUGGACGGUCAACUACAACUUUGAGGAUGAGAUAGUCAGGAACAUCUUGCUGGACCAUAUCCAAGCAGAGAGGCCAGUAAUCAUAGAUCCAACUGACCCGACCAAUAACGUGAGUGGAGAUAACAGGUGCUGGCAGGUGCUGAAACAGGAAGCUCAGAGCUGGCUGACUUCUCCUGUCCUGGAUAACCAGUUCCCUGCGCCAUCUUGGAAUGUUGCGCCAGCCCCGCUCUUCAUAACUCCAGGCCAUCUUCUAGACAAGUUCAUCAAGGACUUUCUCCAGCUUGACAAAACUUUCCUAGACGAGAUCGAGAAAACUAUUGACAUCAUCUGUAAAUUCCUUACCCAAAAUUGCUUUCGAAACUCCCCUAUGAAGAUCCAGAUUGUUAAGGGAGGAUCAGCUGCCAAAGGCACAGCUCUGAAGACCGGCUCUGACGCCAUCCUCGCUGUGUUCCAUAACUCGCUCGAAAGUUACUUGUCCCCAGCGAGCAAACAGAACAAAAUCAUCCAGGAAAUUCAGAGUCGGUUGAAAGCCUGUCCGCAGAAGAAGUUUGAAGUCACAUUUGAGAUUUCGAAACAGAAGUCUCCCAAGGCAUUGAGCUUCUCUCUGAAAUCCAAAGUACUUAAUGAACGUGUUGACUUUGAUGUGCUGCCUGCCUUUAAUGCUCUGGGUGAACAGACUUCUGGCUGCACACCCAGCCCCAAGGUUUAUACUGAGCUCAUUGACAUGUACAAAUCCCCACACAUCCCAGGGGGAGAGUUUUCUGCCUGUUUCACAGGGCUGCAGCGAAACUUCAUUGACUCCCAGCCCACCAAACUGAAGGGUUUAAUUUGCCUAAUGAAGCACUGGUACCAACAGUAUGAAAGGAAACUGAAAACAAAGGGGGUUUUGCCCCCAAAGUACGCCUUGGAGUUGCUCACUGUCUAUGCCUGGGAGAAAGGGAGUGCGAGGCAGGAUUUUGACACCGCUGAAGGUUUCCGGACCGUCCUGGAGUUGGUCAUACAGUAUCAACAGCUCUGCAUCUUCUGGACAGUCAAUUACAACUUUGAAGAUGAGACUGUCAAGAAGUUCCUGCUCAUCCAGAUCCAGAAAAGCAGGCCUGUCAUCUUGGACCCAGCUGAUCCUACUAGUGACCUGGGAGGAGGAGACCGCUGGUGUUGGCAUCUCCUGGCAAAAGAAGCUAAGGAAUGGUUGUUCUCUCUCUGCUUCAAGGAUGAGACUGGAAACCCAGUACAGCCAUGGCCAGUGCCAGUAAAAGUCAUCUAAAGCAGCAGCCCCAACCUUUUUGGCAUCAGGGACCAGUUUCAUGGAAGACAGUUUUUCCAUAGACUGGUGUGGGGAUGGUAUCAGGAUUAAAUUAAUUAAAGUGCCUUAAUUAUA